UCGGCCCGGAAGUGACCUCUUCGUUUUCUCGAGAUGCCUCCAAGCAGCCGAGUUGGUCGAACCUAAUUAAAAUAUGGUUUUAUAUUGUUCAUGAGACACCGUGACUGUUAAAAAAUAACUUUCACGUUAACUCAUCUUAAAUCAUAUUUUUGAAUGCCCGUCUGCCUCGACCCACACUUUCCGGUUAUCAUGGUGAACGCAGAUGAAAUCGCCAAGUUGUGCUACGAGCGUUUCAACAAGCUUCCCCGGAGAGGGAAGCCUGAGCCGGGCAGAGAGUGGACCCUGCUGGCCGCUGUGGUCAAAAUCACCCGGUGUGCUAACUCUAUCACAGUUGAGAAGGAGGUUGUUUCCCUGGGAACUGGGACCAAAUGUAUUGGACAGACAGCUAUGAGUCCCAAUGGAGAAAUACUUAAUGACAGCCAUGCAGAAGUCAUUGCAAGAAGGGGAUGUAUCAGGUUCCUGAUUCAGGCGCUGCACAGGGCCGUGAGUGGUGGGAGCAGCUCUGUGUUUUGUCAGGCGGAUCAGCGGGGGAAGUGGAGGCUUCAGCCAGGAGUCUCCUUCCUCUUCUUUACCAGUCACACUCCCUGUGGUGACGCUGCCAUCGUAGCCAUGAAUGACACCCAGUCUCAGCCCUGCCCUCCUGUCACUUCUGUAAAGGGCCAUGAAGGAACUGGUGGAAGAGGAGAUCUGAAAAGGGAAGCUGAGGAAUCAAGUGAUGGAAAAAACAUUAAACGGCCCCGUCUGGAGGAACAGGAGAUAGUGGAGACAAGUCUAGAGGACAGAGGAGACCCUAAACAAUCCUUCCUUUCAAAUUCAUGUAAAAGUGAAGAUCCAUCACAGAGUCACUCUGCAGAAACACCCGUAGAAACCGUCUCACAAGAUUCAACACAGCUGGAGAUAAAUAGCAGAGGCCCCUCUGACAGCGCAGGACUGCGUCCAAAGGUCCCAGACAUUCACAGAACGGGGGCCAAGUGUAUCUCUGGUGGCCUCGCUGACCCUCUGCACCCUGGGGUGGGCUAUCACAGGACAGGGGUGCUUCGGGUGAAGCCAGGGCGAGGAGAGCCGACUCUGUCCCUCUCCUGCAGCGACAAGCUGGCCCGCUGGGGGGUGCUGGGUUUCCAGGGCGCACUGCUGUCCCACUACCUACAGGAGGCGCUCUACUUCAGCACUGUGGUGGUGGGGAAGUGUCCAUACAGCCAAGAAGUUAUGCAGAGAGCUUUGGUUACAAGGUGCUCCCAUGUAUCGGCCCUCCCUGCUGGUUUCUCUGUUUGUCAACCUGUUCUGCUCCAGUCCAGCCUGGAGUUCCCCUUCAGCCAGGCCCAGACCAAGCUCCGACACCAGGCCGGACAGGGACGUAUCUCACCCUGUGGAGCAGCCAUCAGCUGGUGUAAUGUGACUGAGCAGCCCCUAGAUGUCACUGCCAACGGCUACAAACAUGGAGUCACCAAGAAGGCCUUCAGCACAGCUAAUGCCAGGUCUCUUCUGUGUAAGAUGGAGCUUUUCCAUUCCUUCCUGUCUCUGGUAGCAGCCACUGACCUCUCUGCACUUCCCGACUCCCUCAGGAGAGCAGAGCUGCAGACCUACUGGGAAUACAAGCAGGCAUCCCAGUUGUAUCAGCAGGCCUGGAAGCAGCUUCGCAGUCAGGCGUUCCCUCUGUGGCCACGCAGCGACAGAGAUCUCCUGCUCUUCCACUGAAUGCCCUCUCCUGAAACCCCACUCUGCAGCUGAAAUGUCGUUGUCAAGGUCCAACUUGCUGUUGGGCCAGCGAGGUUGGCGCUUUGGAUAAAUAAAAUAUUGUUUGGCUAUAUUUGACUCUCUAUAGCCCAGCAUAUCACUGCUUGCACCAGCAGGACGCCCCACUCUGUCAUGCUGUUCAUAGAGGUUGAUGACCGCUGCUCAGUGUCCUCAGAUGACGGUUUUAUUAUCACAAUGUGUGUAACAUGUUGUGACUGCAGCUGGCUGGUGGUCAUGUUCUGAAAACACAGCUGGACAGCUGUACCUGUCUGCAAGUGGAAAAUGUUCUGGGUUCGACUUCCAGUCCGAGUUGAAAUGCUCUCCCAUUGUGGGCAGUUGGACUGAAGACAAACAUUCAGCUUGUGAUGGCCUGUGAACCUGACCAGGGUGUUUCCAGUGCACGUUAGAAUAGAUUCUAGUCCUCUGGGACACUAUUUCACCCAUGAAGACAAAACAUAAGUAAGAACCUGCAUAUCUCUGUACUACAGGUAGGUCCCUCAUCAAGACCGGACACCUGAUCAGUGUUGGGAUGGAGGAUCAGCUGUGAUAUUGCUUUAGCUCAGCAGAUUCCACAAGUAACAUCCCACUUCAGCUCAGCUUACACUGAACUGAAGUUUUAGAGUUGUUUAAGUGUCUCUAAUUUGAAUAUUCUUCACCCCACAUAGAAAAUGACAACAAACCUUUUUAUGUUCUCAUUUGUGUGGAAUAAAGGGCCAUCCAAAGAUUAACACAUCAAGAUCGGGUUCAUUAUGUUCUACUCAUCGUAUGAAAACAAACAGUUGUACGUUGUAUGUCUUUCCAAAGUCCAAAGCCAUACUAGCAGCUCUGUGAUAAAGUUCAGCUGUCAAUCAGAGUCUAACAUCUCUUCUUGAUAGAAAUGACUUUAGAAUAUGUGCAUAUAUGUGAUUAUCUAACAUUGAAAAUCACUUUAAGACACUGAAGUGAAAAAUACAUUUUCCAAGUUCUAA